AUGGCUGCCGACGAAGUUCUCAGAUCAUUGACAAGAUUUCAGCCUACGCGGUAUCCUGGUCAGCUGUUUUUUAUUGUAUCACAUACUAUUGGUGACCAUGUCAUACCAUAUAUUGAAGAAAUGCCGCAGAUUGAGUAUAUUUAUGUUUGGUGUGUAAGUGAAGUUGAACAACAAUAUUGGAGUUCAAAAAUAACGAACAAGAUUCAAGGUGGAUUUGUGAGUGUAGAAACAUUAAUUGAACAAAUAAAAACCAAUAUUUUGACUUUCAACAGACUACAUUUAGCAACAACGGCUUCGGCUACAACUACUGCACUUACUACCGAAGGUGGAAUAGCGUCUGCAACAACAACUACUGGCACUACUACCGUCACAACCGCAGGUCAAGAAAUCAACAGUAAUCGUUCAGAUUAUGCUCUUCCACCAGUAUCUGUAUUCAAUGAGAAACUGAGAAAUACCUCAUUAAAAUAUUUGAGUAAGGAUUCUAUUACGUUUAUUCGGUUUCAAUUAUUAAUUGAAAUUUUAAUGAGCCUGAAAAGGUCGGAAAGUGCAAAAGAUGACAUGUUAUCGAUUUGUCGAAAAUUUUAUAAAGAUAGUGUGGUCGUACAGGCAAAAAUCGAUGAAUUUGAGAAAGACGUUGAGAAUCCAUUAAAAGCUAUGUACUGGUAUACAGCUGAUUCAUUCGUCACUCAUCUUUUAAAUAAAGUAUGUGGCACGGAAGACGUUGAUCAACUAUAUUACUUUCGAUUAUUUAUUACAAAUUUGCAUAGCCGAAUUAUUGAACUGUAUGCAGCAGCUGCAAAAAAUAACAUUGUUCUCUAUAGAGGAAAACGUAUGGCUGUAAGUACAUUAGAAAACAUACGAAAUAAUGUGGGUGGUCUCGUAGCAAUGAAUGGUUUUUUAUCGACAACGUUUGACGGUACAGUUGCAAAAUUCUUUGCCGG